GACGGUUAAACGGGGCUGGAGCCUGGGGCAGCCGGGGCCUGUGGUUUCAGGCCUCCGAGUCGGUGGCCGAAGCUCCGCGACGGCAGUGAGACCUGCAGGCGUCCUGCGCGGGCUCCGCCAUGCCGACUCGGGCGGAGGACUACGAGGUGCUGUACACCAUUGGCACGGGCUCCUACGGCCGCUGCCAGAAGAUCCGGAGGAAGAGCGACGGCAAGAUAUUAGUUUGGAAAGAACUUGACUAUGGCUCCAUGACAGAAGCCGAGAAACAAAUGCUUGUUUCCGAAGUGAAUUUGCUUCGUGAGCUGAAACAUCCAAACAUUGUCCGGUACUACGAUAGGAUUAUUGACCGGACCAACACCACCCUGUACAUUGUCAUGGAGUACUGCGAGGGGGGGGACCUGGCGAGCGUGAUCUCAAAGGGAACCAAGGAAAGACAGUACUUAGAUGAAGAGUUUGUUCUUCGAGUGAUGACUCAGUUGACUCUGGCCCUAAAGGAAUGUCACAGACGAAGCGAUGGCGGCCACACUGUGCUGCAUCGGGACCUGAAACCAGCCAACGUCUUCCUGGAUGGCAAGCAGAAUGUUAAGCUUGGAGACUUUGGGCUAGCUAGAAUACUGAACCACGAUACGAGUUUUGCAAAAACAUUUGUUGGCACACCUUAUUACAUGUCUCCUGAACAAAUGAAUCGCAUGUCCUACAAUGAGAAAUCGGAUAUCUGGUCCCUAGGUUGUUUGCUGUAUGAACUGUGCGCACUAAUGCCUCCGUUUACAGCUUUCAACCAGAAAGAACUAGCUGGGAAGAUCAGAGAAGGCAAAUUCAGGCGAAUUCCAUAUCGUUACUCCGAUGAAUUAAAUGACCUUAUUACGAGGAUGUUAAACUUAAAGGAUUACCAUCGACCUUCUGUCGAAGAAAUUCUUGAGAAUCCUUUGAUAGCAGACCUGGUUGCAGAAGAGCAAAGAAGAAAUCCCGAGAGAAGAGGGCGACGGUCAGGGGAACCAGAAAAGCUGCAGGAUUCCAGCCCUGUGCUGAGUGAGCUGAAACUGAAGGAAAUACACUUACAGGAGCGGGAGCGAGCUCUCAAAGCCAGGGAAGAAAGCCUGGAGCAGAAGGAGCGAGAGCUUUGUGUUCGUGAGCGGCUGGCAGAGAACAAACUGGCCAGGGCAGAAAGUCUGCUGAAGAAUUACAGUCUGCUGAAGGACCAGAAGUUCCUGUCUCUGGCGGGCGGUCCAGAGCGUUUUGAUCUUCCGUCCUCGGGAAUGAAGAAGAAGGUUCAUUUCAGCGGGGAGAGUAAGGAGAACAUUGCGAGGAGCGAGACUUCUGAGAGUCAGCUCAGCUCCAAAUCCAAGUGCAAAGACCUGAAGAGGAGGCUCCAUGCUGCGCAGCUGCGGGCGCAGGCCCUGGCAGACAUUGAGAAGACGUACCAGCUGAAAAGCAGGCAGAUCCUGGGCAUGCGCUAGCCUGGCCCAGAGACAGCGAGCGGCGAGCCGGGUCUAACACUGCCCGCCCUUCGAGGCUGGCAUUCACCUGCUGUGGCCUACACGCGUGCUGCCGUGAGCCGUGCGUUUUCUGUAGGAAGUGUGAUGUUUCGGGGUUGAUUUUGCUGUUCCUCGGCAGCAGGUGUGCCAGCGUCCACCCCGUGCAUUUGUCUUUCUUUUUCUAAGAAGGCUUUACAGACAGAAUGACGCUGUCUUGGCCAACUGGGCUUUUCAUCCUCUGUGUGAUUACUUCUGGAACCUUCGAUGUUAUAUUCUAAGUGUUGGGAAUUGUGGGGGGAUAGUAGGAAAACAUCUUUACUCAGGAGCAGCGCUUACUGUGAAGUCUGAAGGACUGAGUGGUGUGCUUUACAGCUGUCCUGUCUAGAGUGAAAAUUUAAGUCUGGGUUUUUAAAUGUUCUUGAGCUUAGAGAAAACCUGGUCGGCCACUAAUACGCUGGCAUCUCGUGUGUAAACAUCCUGUUGCUCUGGGGUGUGCAUCUGUGACCUUCUGUGGAAGAGUUCAUCUCUGUGAUGUCUGUAUGCUUUUUCCCCUUUUUAUUCUGUGAACUGUCCUGUGCCACCUCUUUCUGACUAAAUAAAAGAAGUCUUUAGUUUUCCUA